ACCUACCGAUUGUGCAGAGCUGGACAGUGAUGGAUGUUAAUUACAGAGGAGGGGUUCUCGUUAUCACUAAUGACUCUACAGAGUACAAAUAAAAAACAAGAAACAGUGCAACAGGGACUGAAUUCUGUUGUUGCAGACAAUGGCUGAAAAUAGAAAUUUACUGAUUCAAGUACUUUCUCUUUUACUGAGCUCUGUUUGCAGAGCUGGUCCACAGAGAGGGAUUCCAGCUCAAAGCCCACAAGCUCUUGGGUUCCAGCAAACUGAACAGAGGUUUUUACCCCAACAGCAAACUGACCAACAGUUUCAGAAGCCGGUUGUGCAGUCAGAACCUCUUGACAAGUGUGCUGUAGCUGAUUAUGAGCAGAUCCAGUGUGGACAACCUGGUAUCAGCGGUGCGGAGUGUGAAGCUAUAAACUGCUGCUUUAAUGGACAGCAGUGUUAUUAUGGGAUGUCAGUGACUGUCCAGUGUAUAAGAGAUGGUCAGUUUGUGUUAGUGGUGGCUAGAGAUGUCACUCUGCCUCGUCUGAGUCUGGACACGGUCCGUCUGCUGGGUGGAAAUGAAGCACCUUGUGGUCCUGUUGGUUCCACACCUUCCUUUGCCAUAUACCAGUUUCCAGUGACUGCCUGUGGCACCAGCAUGAUUGAGGAAAAUGGUUAUGUGGUGUAUGAGAACAGAAUGACUUCAUCCUAUGAAGUGGGGAUUGGACCUCUUGGCUCCAUCACAAGGGACAGUCAUUUUGAACUUCUCUUCCAGUGCAGAUAUUCUGCCUCUGCUGUGGAAGCUCUGGUUGUGGAGGUCAACACUGUUCCACCACCUCCACCUGUAGCUGCUCCUGGACCCCUCAGGGUGGAACUUAGACUGGCAAAUGGCCAAUGUGUCACUAAAGGCUGUGCAGAAGGAGAUGAGGCGUACAUGUCCUACUAUGGUGAGGAUGAGUAUCCAGUCACUAAAGUCCUGCGAGAACCUGUGUAUGUUGAGGUGCGUAUUUUGGAGAGAACCGAUCCCAAUCUUGUCCUGAUGUUGGGGCGCUGUUGGGCGACAUCAACCCCUAGUCCUCUCAGUCUACCCCAGUGGGAUCUUCUAGUUGAUGGAUGCCCUUACCAGGAUGAUCGUUACCUGACUGCAAUGGUUCCUGUAGUUGGCUCGUCUGGUCUUCAAUUCCCAACCCACUACAAGCGCUUUGUGGUGAAGAUGUUCACAUUUGUGGAUCCAGCGUCACUGGCCCCUCUGCAGGAGACAAUCUACAUUCACUGUAGUACAGCGGUGUGCCACCCUGCUUCUGGCUCCUGUGAACCGAGCUGUGCCAGGAAUAGGAGAGAUGUUGCUGACAAGAGGCGUGAAGAAACCGUGGUUUCCAGUGGAGGGAUUUUCUUAACAAUGUAAACUGAAUUGCCCUUUUUAAUAAAGCCAUUGGUCUCUUAAGCAUUUGUAUUGGUGUGUUUUCAGUGGUUUUCUCCCCAGUGAGGAUUAGGGGG